CACAAACCAAUUCACACAUCCGCGCUCGUCACGCACCCAAGGCUCUCACGCCUUACCUACCUCUUACCAUCAACGGCAUACUGCAAUAUAUUCCGCGAACAUACUAACCGGAUCCCUUGACUGGGCCAUCUACAGGAACUUCGACACCAACACUCUGCAUUCAUCAGCGGAUAUGGCAACUGCAUCAGUAUCGACCCCCAUUAAACAACGCCGUGAUGGCAUCUUCUCCACUCGCCUCGCUGGUGGUCGUAUGCCUCUUACUCCCUCGCCUCAGACGACGCCCAAGUCGGUGAGCUUGGAAGCGAGUGAGAGCAUUCACCAUGGCAACGUCAACUUGACUUCACGCUUCUCGCGUGCCCAGUCCAAGACCAAUGUCCGCGACUCUCCCAAGUCCAACAUUGCUCGUCGCCACCCCCAGUCGCCCCGCAACCUGGACAACCUCAUGAGCGACUUUACACUCUCCGGCACAGGCCCACGCCCUGCUUCGUCGGCCAAGAACACCCCAACGCGCCCCAAGAGCUCGCGAUCUGGCUCCACCCACCGCACGCCAAAGAGGAGCCAGGGCAAGAUCAACUACACUGCUGCCGAUCGCUUCAUUCCAAAUCGUGAUGCCAGCGAGGCUAUCUCCUCUCAGGGUGCAGCAGUCAAGAUCGACAACGAGCGAACUCCAGCACGCCGACCAAAGUCGAGCGCAUCCGACGCUGCAGGCGUUGCGAGCGCUUUUGACAUUGGUCGUCACUCCACUUCGGACACCGCUCUCUCUCUGGAAGGUCUGAACCUCAACGACAACGAGGAUGACGAGGAUGACAUCCCACGUACCAAGCAGAGCCCAAACACGGUCGCCUACCAGAAAUCAGUCGCCGAGGCUUGCGGUGUCAGCAUGAAGCAACGCAUUCUCGCCUUCAAGCCUGCUGCUCCGGAGUCAUCUCGCCCCAUCGAUCUCCGCUCUCAGUACAACCGCCCGCUCAAGCCAGCUGCCGCCUCUGCAUCUCAGUUUCGUCGUCGGGUUCUUACCGCACCAGAGCGUGUCCUCGAUGCUCCAGGCCUGGUCGAUGACUACUACCUCAACCUCCUUGACUGGUCUUCCGGCAACCAGGUCGCCAUCGGCCUUGAGCGCAACGUCUACGUCUGGUCGGCCGAGUCAGGCUCCGUCUCCAGCCUACUCGAGUGCCCAGCUGACACUUACAUUGCCUCUGUCAAGUGGUCUGGUGACGGCGCUUACGUCGCCGCUGGACUCGGUACUGGUGAAGUUCAGAUCUGGGACGUCGAGGAUGGCACCAAGCUUCGCUCCAUGCACGGUCACGAUACUCGCGUCAGUGUUAUGGGCUGGAACAAGCAUCUCCUCUCCACCGGCGCCCGCUCUGGUCUGGUGUACAACCACGAUGUUCGCAUCGCCCAGCACAAGGUCGCUGAGCUCGUUUCCCACACCUCUGAGGUGUGCGGUCUCGAAUGGCGCGCCGAUGGUGCUCAGCUAGCUACCGGUGGUAACGACAACCUCGUUACCAUUUGGGACGCACGUCAACUCACCGCCCCAAAAUUCCAAAAGACCAACCACAAGGCCGCUGUCAAGGCUCUAGCGUGGUGCCCAUGGCAGUCAAACCUCCUGGCCACUGGUGGAGGCUCGCAUGACCGUAUGAUCCACUUCUGGAACACCACCUCUGGUGCCCGCGUCAACAGCAUCGAUACUGGCAGCCAAGUCACCUCUCUCCGCUGGAGCAUGGGCUACAAGGAGAUCGUCUCCUCUUCUGGCUUCCCUGACAACUCGCUCUCCAUCUGGAGCUAUCCAACUCUGGUCAAGAACAUCGAGAUUCCGGCCCACGAGUCUCGUGUUCUCCACUCGGCGCUCUCUCCUGAUGGACAGAUGCUCGCCACUGCCGCUGCUGACGAGUCUCUCAAGUUCUGGAAGGUCUUCGAGAAGAAGGCGGGCUCAAGCAACUUGGUUGGUGGGUCUAGCGCUAGUGCGAAGGCUAGCUUGACCAAGGCCACUACCAUUCGAUAAACAAUGGAUUUCAGCACGAGUGACAGGGUCCGGCAUUUGUGUUUGAAUGACUUUGGGAUUGGCAUAUGAUGAUGACGGCCUAAUUGUGGCGCAGUGUUUCUGUUCGUUGAGCAUUUCGAAGCGGGGGCAUUUCCUACAUGGCGUUGUCACUCAGGAUGAUGAGAGUCUUUCAGUAGAGAGUUAGGUUCUCUCAAGUACAUUUGCGUUUAAUGAACAACUCACCCUCGCUAUUCG